AUUAGCACUAGUAGGAGGUUUUGAGAGUCUAAAAAUUACCCGUAUGUAUGGUUUUGUACCAUAACGUGAUCGAUUCAUGGUCGGUUCAGACAAUAAAAUAGAUAUUAAAAGUAAAAUCUUAUUUUAUUAUUGUUUUUUGGUGUUGCCAGUUCAAAAUGCGUCAGCUGACAGUGUUGCUAGUGUUUUUGUUUGUUGUGUUCUGCGAUGGGUCAGAUAAUGACGUUGAAGAGAGAGGGAAGAAGAAGAAAAUUGGACUGUUUAUAUACUUCGUGGACCUAGUCAUCAAGAAGAUAUUCAUUCUGAAGCUGAUCUACGCCUUCGCGUUCUGGCUGCUUCUCCACAAAGCUGGUUACAUCUUCGGCUGGUUCCUCAGCUACAUCAAGGAGAAGCCGGAGUACCAUGGGCAUCACGAUCAUCACCACGUAGAAUAUGGUCACGAGUAUGGGCCCCAUGGACCAUAUAGACGGGGAGGUCAGAAGCCUGUUAACCCAUAUUCGGCGCCUAGUCGGAAUGUUAAUCCUUAUUAA